AUGAGUCAGCGUCACAGCAGAGCUGCAGGUCAAUCGUUUCUGAUGAUGAUUAUCAAUGCAUUUACAUCUCACUGAAUGAUGCAGGCUGCAUGUUUUUCAGCAUCUUAAUUUCUAGUCUGGAGCUAAUUUGUUGCUAAAGAAACCAUGGAUCAGUUUCGGGGUUUAUUUGCUAAACUGGAUGAAAAUAAGGAUGGGUUCAUAUCAGUGUCGGAGCUUCACAACGAAAUGAAGAAAUAUGGGAUCCUCUCAGCGGAUGGAAAGGUCCAGAAUAUCAUUGACUCUUAUGACAAAGACAAAGAUGGCCUGUUGGAUUAUAAAGAAUUCCUCAGCUACAUGAUGGACAGAGAAAAGAAAUGGAAAAUUUACUUUCAUGACCUUGACAAGAACAAGUGUGGAGUGAUUGACCAGGACGACAUCAUAUGUUUGUUUAAGGAGUUAGGAGUGGUCAUAUCAAAGCCGAAUGCAAAAAAAAUAAUUCAAAUGAUGGAUAAGGACAGUUCCAUGACAGUAGACUGGGGUGAAUUCCUGCACCAUGUCAUCCUCAACCCUGUGGACAACAUCGGAGAGCUGGUGUCGUCAUGGAAACACAAUCUGGUUUUCGAUGUGGGUGAGAGCCGAGCAAUGCCCAUUGAGUUCCCCGAGGAGGCGUCAGGUUUUGGUGCGUGGAGGACGUUUGUUCUGGCAGCAGGACUGGCAGAUGCUGUAUCCCGAACUGUGACAGCUCCAAUCGACCGCCUUAAGACCCAGCUCCAGGUUCAUGGAUCCAAGGCCUUCUCCCAAGGCUUACAGGAGAUGAGAGCAGGUGGUCUGCGGUCAAUGUGGCAAGGCAACGCUGUCAACGUGCUGAAGGGAACACCGCAGUCAACGCUACAGUGUCUUAUCUACGCCCAGAUGAAGGUGUACACCCAAAACAGAACCCAGGAGACUCUGACGGUGCAGCAGCGUUUCGGCCUGGGUUGUGUGUCUGGUGCUGUCGCUCAUGCUGCCUUCUACCCUUUAGAGGUGCUGAAGGUGAGGCUGAAUCUGCAACAAGCUGGCACCUACCAAGGUGUUGUGACAUGUGCCCGAUCUAUUUAUACACACGAGUCUUUAUCCUCCUUUUACAGAGGAUUCAAGCCGAGCAUCCUCUGUAUGAUUCCCUACGCAGGUGUGGAGUGUGCAGUUCAUCAGUCAAUCAUGAACUGGGCGAAGAGUGAUCCAGCCUACAACAGUGACUCCAAACUGUUUUUCUUCAGUUUUGUGGCCUUUGCUUCUGGACAAAUGACCAGUUACCCACUGGCAGUGAUCCGCACUCAGCAGCAAGCACAAGCUUUCAGUUCAGAUUCACGUUCAGCUUCAGGUGUGUUAGAAGGACUCAGAGGGAUUUAUGAAAGACGUGGGAUUAGAGGAUAUUAUAAUGGAAUGGGAGCCAGUUUCGUCAGGGCUAUUCCAUGUGCUCUGAUAAACUACACUUUAACUAGGAAAUUUGAAAAUCUGGUUUCCUGAGCCGAGUCUUGAGAUGUAUCAGAGAAGAGGUUGCUUUCUUGGGAACUCAAAGAAAAGAAAAACUGUGAAUUAAUGUUGACUGAGUGUCUGGAAAAGGCACUGGAAUUCUGGAAAAACUGGGAAAAUGUCUGAUGACAUGCAUUAUCGUGUGAUUUAACCUAUAAUACCUCUGUAGCUUUUUUAAAAGCUUGAGUUAAGUGAACAGUUUUCCAGUGACCAAAAAUAUGAGACAUGCUGAAGUUUUUAAUUCCAUGCACCUCACUGAUGCAUGAUUUACUUUAAAUUCACAAUGUGACAAAUAUAUUAAUUGCCCACUUGAUACUGGGCUGUGUAAAUGAGGAUGUGUU